AUGAGCCUUCUCCUGAAUGUGACAGCGCGGAAUGAAGCCUUGGGGCCGCCGAAAGUGACGGCCUACGACUAUGUCGGGCGGGUGUGGCCUCACUGGGCCACCUUCCAACACUACCUGCCUGGAGGGAUGCACAUCCUCCACCCGGACACGGACAAAGGUGAGCAUUGCAUCUCGCUCGCCGUGUCCUUCUCCACGCAUGGUGACGACUUCGGGGGCGGGGAGAUCAAGAUCUAUGGAUGCCCUGCGACAGUUCCCGACUGUGGCAACAGGGGACGCGCCCGCACACGGGUGCCCCUGGAGGGUGGACCUUACGCACGGCGUUGGCCUAAUGGCAGCGUCUUGCCCUUGGGACCUGGAGAGUGGCUCUGGGAUGGAGAGCCUGAGAGUGCCUACACGGUCAAGGAGCGGAGGGCUGUGAUGUAG